CAGAUUUUUAGUCCUAGGUAGUUAUAGUGUGAUGAGUGAGUCUCUCUCUCUCUCUCUCUCUCUCUAAAACUCACAUGGCAGGUGGAUUCCUGGAACUGACAAUACAUCAUAAAAAUGUUUAUCUCCAUUUGCUCUGCAUUUGUCUUGUUUACUGUCAUUGUAGUUGUAGAUUUGGCCCUAGGGCCUGUCUUGUAAUAAACUCGCUAAAGGGGUUGCCAAAAACUUUCAACAAAAUUGUUUUGAGUUGAUAGGGCGAGAGGUACAAAAGCACUUGACGUCACUGUAUGCUUUUCUACAAAAAUAUCCACUCUAUCCAAAAACCAGCUGAUUUUUAUUUGAGAAUUUUUUACACACAAAUUUACACAAUAGCACGUAUAAUUCUUUAAACAGAACCGCCUAUGCCUUUUUUUCAACCAAGGUAUGACAUCAUAUCUAAUAUGCUGCCGCUCAAAUUCUGGGGGUGUGAUCAAUUUCUGUAUUAUAAAAGAACCAGAGCUGCUUGAGCCAUAAGUCAUUCAUAUGUGACCUUUUACAGUUAAUGGUUUAUAUUGGUAGCAUGCCAUAUACGAGGUGUUUCUUUAAACUUUUAGAUACAUUAGAGAAAUGCUGUAUUCAUGAAUCUGACAGAGUUUAACCAGUCUGAUCUCUGUGGGCAUUUCUCCUGUCCAGAGAGAUCUGGAUCUCCUGCAGUUUAUAUCUUACUGUACGUGUGUUCAGCUGCUGUGGUUCUUCUAACAGUGUGUGGAAAUAUGCUCGUCAUCAUCUCUGUUCUUCACUUCAAGCAGCUUCACACAUCAACAAACCUGCUCGUGUUCUCUCUGGCGGUGUCGGAUUUCCUCGUUGGUGCUUUAGUAAUGCCACCAAUGUUAAUCUGGAUAAUCGAGUCAUGCUGGAUUUUUGGGAGAGUUUUCUGCAUUUGUUUUUUAUUGUUCAGUGGUUUCCUCAUGAUUUGUUCCAUCUAUAAUAUCGCUCUGAUCGCUGUGGAUAGGUAUUUGGCUCUCUCAAACCCCUUUCUCUACAUGAACAGAAUCACUAGAAGGACUAUGUGCAUUGUGGUUUAUUCUAACUGCUGUGUGUCUCUGACGUAUAUCACAGCAGUCUAUUAUUUCAAUGGAAGCUUCAUGGGUUCUGUAAUGUGUCCUGGUGAGUGUAUUUACUUUCUAAAUGAGAUUUGGUCUGUACUUGAUCUUGUUGUAUCAUUUAUAUUUCCACUCUCUGUCAUAAUCAUAUUGUAUACUCGAGUGUUUGUGAUUGCUAAGAAACAUGUCACUGCUAUCAGAGAGCUUAAUAAUCACACACGACCUAAAACACAGAAAAUCACCUCACACUCGAUGAAAUCUGAGAGAAAAGCAGCUAAAGUCUUGGGCAUUUUAGUGUCUGUGUUUCUGAUGUGUUUACUUCCGUAUUUUAUUUACAGUUUAUUAGGUGAUGUUAUUGAAGUACAGUCAGAAACAUUUCAGAAACUUGUGAUUGUGCUUUAUCUUAAUUCCACCAUUAAUCCAUUUAUUUAUGCUCUGUUUUACCCGUGGUUUAGGAGGUGUAUUAAAUUAAUUAUAACUCUGCAAAUAUUCCAAACAGACUCUGAAUUAAUAAACGUUCUUUCAUGA